AUGCAUACUUUACUUGAAUUUGAUACUGAACAAGCCUUUAAAUUAGAUGUAAAUACAAAUAAUUCAAAUAAUCUGAAUAAUAUGACUUUUAAUAAUGAAACAAACCUUGAAAUAUCUAAAAAUAAUAAUUUUCGAUAUGGUUUAGAUUUUUUAGAUUUGGAUUUUCGAUUAAUUGAUCAUUAUACUAAGAAGGGAUUAACAAAAUUGUAUCCUUGGCAAUAUGAGUGUAUUACUCAGCCAGGGGUACUACAAGGUAAAAAUUUAAUAUACUCUGCACCUACAAGUGGAGGUAAGACUCUAGUUAGUGAGCUACUAAUGUUUAGAACAGUUACUAAAAGGCGGAGAAGUGCCCUUGUAAUUUUACCAUUUGUAUCCUUAGUAUCAGAGAAAUGUAAAAAUUAUUAUGAUGCUGGUAUAACUUGUAAUUUAUCUGUACAUGAAUUUCAUUAUGGAAGUAAAACUUCUUUGUCUGAGUCAUUUGAUAUAGGAGUGGCUACUAUUGAGAAGGCAAACUCAUUAAUUAAUGCAUAUAUUGAACGUGAAAUACUUUUUGAUAGGCUUGGUAUAAUUAUAAUAGAUGAAUUACAUUUACUUGGAGAUGAACAAAGAGGUUACAUAUUGGAAGUUAUAUUAACAAAGAUUAGAUUAUUAUCGCGUAUAAAUAAAGAUAUUUUGAACAACUCAAAUUAUAUACAAAUUGUUGGUAUGAGUGCUACAUUACCUAAUCUUUCAUCUAUUGGAUAUUGGUUAGAUGCAGUUGUAUACCAAACAAAUUUUCGUCCUGUACCAUUAAGAGAAUAUAUUGUAAUUGAUGGCAUAAUUUAUCAAAAACCUAUGUAUGAGGAAUCCAAUAAGUUUGAUAUUUUGGAUAAUGAACAUGAUAUUAUUAAUAAUAUAGAGAUAAAUGAUGAUAAUAUACUAAAUUUAUUAGAUAAUCAAUAUUCUAUAGAUAAAAUAUCAAAAUCUAUGAAUUUUUCAUUUGAAGAUUCAUUAAAUAUAAAUAAUAAAAUAAAUAAUAAUUUAUGUUUAUUAAGUACAUGGAAUAAACAGAAUUUAAGAUCUGAAAGUAAUUUAAAUAGUAUUGAAAUUGAUGAAGAAUUAAUAAAUAAUUCUAAAUGGAAAUAUCCUAUAGUAGAUAUGAAAGAUUUAUUGUUAUUAGCUUGGGAAGCUUUAAGUAAGGGUGACAGUGUACUAGUUUUUUGUCCUUCUAAAUAUUCAGUUGAAACAACAGCUUUAUUUUAUACAAGAUGUUUAUCUAAAAAAGUUUAUGAUAAUAUAGAUAUAACCAAAAUAAGUAGGAUAAAUUUAAUUAAUAAUGAUAUGAUCAAACGUAUAGAGUAUGAGAGAUUACAGUUAAUCAAAGAGUUACAAAAAUAUCAUAAGAAAUCAAAAAAUACAAAUAUUAAUAUUUUAUAUGAGUGUAUAAGUAAGGGAAUAGCAUAUCAUCACUCUGGAUUAUCUCAUACUGAAAGGAAUAUAGUAGAAAAAGGUUAUAGGAAUGGUAGUAUCCUUCUAUUAACAGCUACAUCUACAUUAGCUGCAGGAGUUAAUUUACCAUCUAAAAGAGUUAUAUUUCGCGGAAUUAGUAUUGGUAAAUCAUUUCUUACAUCAGCAGAAUAUAAACAAAUGUCUGGGAGAGCUGGAAGAGCUGGACAAAGAGGAAUUUAUGGUGAGAGUUUUAUAUUAAUAAAUUAUAAAACUGAGGAAUUUUCAAAAACUUUAGAAUUGAUGACAAGUGAUCUUUUGCCUUUAAAAAGUACAUUUAUAACUAAUAUUAAUGGUUUAGCAAGAUUAAUAUUAGAACUGAUUACAAGUUUAUCUUCAAAUAUUGCACAAUUUACAAAUAAUAUUUAUAACUAUACUCAUAUUAGAGUUAAUUUACUUGAAAUGUUAAAAGAAUGUAUUCUUAUGCCAUUUCAAAUUCAAUCCAAAAAUUACAUUCAUGAUCUAUUUUCAAAAGUUUUAUCUUUGUUAUUAAAUAAUAGAAUGAUUGUAAAAUAUAAUAGUGAAUCUUUUAAAUUUGGUUUUACUCUUGAUUAUAUGUGUACAGAUUUAGGAAGAGCAGUAGCAACAGCAGGUUUAUCACCAUCUAAUGGUUAUGAAUUAUAUUUAGAAUUAAAAAAAGCUAAUUCUCAAUUUUUAAUUGAAAGUCCAAUAUUUUUAACAUAUAUGGUAACUCCUUUUCCACCAAAUAAUGAAUCUAUUUCUAUAAAUAAUAAUAAAACACAAAAUACUUAUUCAUAUUCUUAUUAUAAUAUUAAUUGGCCAAAUCUAUAUGAAAUAUUAUGUAGGAGUACAUUAAAAGAACAUUAUUCAAUUAAAAAAUUAGGAUUUGAUAUACAAAUAGUUGGUCAUGUUUCUCAAAAAGGUGAAACCAAUUUACCUUGCCAAUUAAAGGAUAAGCAAAGGUACAGACGUUACCAACGUUUUUAUGCAUCUUUAUUAUUAUCAUCACUUAUACGCGGAGUUCCUAUAAAACAAAUUAUAAAUUGUUUUCAAGGAGUUACAAAUAGUGAUAUUCAACAACUUCUUACUAGUACUAUAACUAUGUCCAAUUCUUGUAUCAUAUUUUGUCGAAAAUUAAAUUGGUGGAGCUUAGGAUUAAUAUUUCAAAAUCAUCUUCAAAAAAUUCAAAAUCUUAUUUUUAUUCAUCCAGAAAUUUCACUUUCUAUAAUUCCAAAUUCUUAUAUAGCUGUAAAAAAACUUUGUAAAACUAUUAAAGGAAUGUCACAAAUUGGGGCCAUAGAAUUAAUUAAUAAUUUGGGAAUCAAAACAUUUAAACAAUUCAUUAUAGUACCUAGAAAUGUAUUAAUUCAUUCUAUUCAUACAUAUUUAUAUUCAUCAUUACCCCAAUAUCUCAAUUUUAUUGAGAAUUUUGUUGAUAUUAUUCUUAAUCAAAGUUAUUAUCAAAAUAUUAGAUUACCAAGUUAUAAUUCUCAUGAUUUUUUAUAUAAAAAACAUAAAUUUCAACAUUUAUUUGAAUAUCAAAAAGAUAAUAUGAAUAUUAAUUUUUAUGAUGAUAAGGCAGAUCAGAUAAUUAAAGAUGAAUUGUUAUCAAAUUUUGAAAUAGAAAAAAAUUUUGAUUAUAAUAUUGAUAUUAAUAAUAAUAAAUCUUCUAUUAUUAAUGAAAAUACUCAUCAAAUAGUGGAUGAGCUUGAUAAAAUACUUAUUGAAGAUUUAGAUAAUGUAAAUUUAUUAAACAUAUCACGAAAUAAUACAGUAACAAAUAUGGAUAUUAAUAUCAAUAGCUCAAUAAAUAAUCACAAACUUAAUAGCUUAGAGUAUCCAAAUGAUUCUUAUUUAGAAGAUUAUUUACAGUUAUUAGAUUCAUCAAUAUUUGAUAUUGAUGAGUUACAGAAUACAACAGAUAUAUUUGAGUGGGAAGAAAGGAUCACUUUAUGGUCAACUCCACUUAAAUAA